UCGAAGUGGAUGGCGAUGGCUUGUCUCGAAUGAAUCGAGUUUCACCUGUUGUCUUAGACGAUGUCGAUGAUAUUGAAGUAGAUGAUGGUGAAUCAAUUCAAAGAAAUUCUGCAAAUCACGCUGCAGUUGAAGCAAUAGAGAACGAUGAUGUAACUGGCAUUUUUCGAAAUGAAACAGUGGGAAUCAGAUACGUUGCUGGUGGUCUUUCUGAAGACGAACGAAUAUCGAUACAAAUGGCUGCUCUCGACGGUGUUCCAUUUGUUGAACGUAGAAGCAUUGAUCGUAUUGAAGUAGAUGAUGCUGGUCGAAGUAAUUAUAAUCGUGAUUCAUUGAGAUCGGCGAUAAGAAAUGUAGUUGGUACAACUAUCAAUUACUUUGCGAAUCACGUGGUUGCUCGCUUUCCACAGUAUGUGACUAUUGAAAGUCGUCUUGCUACUUUUAAAGAUUGGCCGAAUCCAGCUAUUACACCAUUAGAAUUGGCUGAAGCUGGUUUUUUCUAUUCAGGACAAUCUGAUCUUGUUACUUGUUUCCACUGUGCUAAUUCACUUUUGGAAUGGAUAAAAAACGAUAAUGCUUGGGUUAAUCAUGCACUUUUUUCACCUUGUUGUACUUUUAUAUACAUCAUGUGUGGGGUACGAUUUAUUGAAUCAGUCACAGGUAGAAAUGAUUCUGUUAGACCUGUAAUCACAAAAGUAGAACCAGCAAACAGUAGAUAUACUUGUAAAGUUUGUCUGGAAAAGGAAGUAGGCUGUUGUUUCUAUCCUUGUGAUCAUGCAGUAACAUGCAUAGAUUGUACCCCAGGUGUCGCUACUUGUCCUUUGUGUCGUUCUUUUGUAGCAGGAGUAUUUAGACUUAAGUUCAUUGAUUAAAAAUUUUAUUUACCAUGAGAUUCUUGCAAGAGAACAUUGAAGUUGUCAAUCUGGUCACUUGCUUUAAAUUGAAUUCAAAACUUUGUAGAAAACAAAUAAAAGAUACUUUUCAAGGUAUAAAGUAUAAAAAAUCAUUUCCGGGAGGUGUGCUUAAGUAUCCUGAUGGGUGUCUGCUUGUCUUUGACUCUGGAAGAAUCAAUGUGACUGGUGUUCAAAAUAUUGCGACUGCAAGUGUUUUAAUUGAUCGAUUUUGUGCUAAGUACCCUCAAGAUCUGCAGUUCACUUCUUUC